CUCAAGUAGUUUAUCUGAAGACAUGGUUGUAUCACAAUUGAAUGUGUUUGUAUUUGUUUGUACCAAUAACGAUCUUUGUGAAAAAAGGCUAUUACGCAUAUGCUUCUUAAAUGUGAUGUUAAACAUUCAACCUUAUAAUCCGGAAUGAAAUCAAGAGUAGGAUUGUGAAAGUAACAUUGUGUAGUAUUUAAAUAAGUUGUGUAUGGCAAUGGGAGACACGUCCGCUGUAUCUGUGGCGACGAAUGUUGCAACAGGCGAGGCAGACCGACUUUCAAAACAUUUGUACCGUCAGUAUGAACAACAGUCCGAGUUUUGUGACGUAACAAUACACUACGGUCAAGAUAACGACAGGCGCCAGAUUCGGGCUCACUGGUGUGUCAUUGCCCAAAGCCCGUACUUCAGAAGUCAGUGGUCACUAAACGAAAAAAGACCAGAUACCGCGAAAGUUGACAACUGUGACACGGAAGCAGUCCUGACAGCGAUUAAGUUUUUGUACACUGGGAAGAUCGGUCAUCAAGAUCUAGACCGCAUGGUCAGAGAAGUCAUCCAAGUGGCCAGGGUGUUUCAGAUUGAGAAGCUGACCGAACUGUGUGAACGCUACACUAAAGAGAUCGAUGUUUGCGUGCACAACUGUAUCGACCUACUGGACAUAAAAAUGUCUUGCAAACUGAGCUCAUAUGACCAUAUAGUGACGUUUAUACUAGGAAAUCUCAUAAACGUGAUCGACAUUCCUAGCAACUCUAAAAACAUAAGCAUCGAAAUCAUGCAAUUGAUAGUUACACAUGCUGUGGCCAAUGGCAUUCGACGAAAGGUUAUUAUACAGUUCUGCCAAACAUGGGCAAGUACAGAUGUUAACCGUCAAGACUAUAUCGCAAACGUCAUUUGGCCAAUUGGUGGUUACCACGUCGACGGUAUAUGUUCUGCCUCUUCAGAGCAACCUAUGCCCUCGGACGAUUCUUUAGUCCGGGAUGAUAUACAAUUUUCAAGCGAUGGCCUCAUAGAUGUAGUUCUUGUUGUAGCGAACACGAAGGAAGACUUCGGGCGAUUCGACUUUACACGGAAGCUCUACGCAUUUGUGGUCCAGGACGACCGCUGGGGCAUGGUAGCCACGCUGCCUAAGGAUCUUAUCUUCUAUGAAACAUCGUCCUUUUGUUUGGAUGCAAAUGGUCGCACUUUAUUAACAAUUUGUAGAACCAUUUUUCAAAGUUGUUACUGGGAAGAUAAGAUCCGCGUGGCUGUAAACUUAUUAGAUCUAGCUAGUGAGUCCUGGUCAAAACUGGAGGUACAACUCAGAACACCAAACUGUAGAGAUGUACGUAUUAUGAACAUUGUGGCCUUUAACGGACAGCUGUUUUUCAUAGCCACCGAAAAGUCCUCUGACAAUCCCAAAGGUGUCCUUUUGUUCACAGGUUCUGAGUAUGAUGAUUAUGAUUAUUCAACGUUGUUUAAGAUUAAACCAAGAUUGCAAAAACUUAAUGACAUCAACACAGUCGUGGUAGAUGGACGUUAUUUAGUGGUUAUGUGCGUGAUUAUGCACGUGAAGGAUAAUAUGAGGGAGAUCAAAAUUGCUGUCCGAGAUAUAACUACAUGUGAAACCAAGUUUAUUAAAGACAAUCAUAUUUACCAGAUGAACGAUCCAAAUAGUGUCGAAGAAAUAAUGGAGUUUAUGUUUGUUACUGCAAAAGGUGUGAUCAUUGCUCAUCCGAAUGGUCCUUCUUACAGACUUGUAGAUGUUGGGAACGCUACAGUGAGCAUAAUUGAAGGAGACAUUAUGUCGAACGGCUGGAUUAAUGAUCAGAUCGAAGGGGACACUGACUCUCCAGGGACAAGUCAAACUAUUCAUUGUGGAAGUGGUCAUAAUGUUGUACCGGUUUUACAUUCAAAGACGUCUGACUCGACCCAGACAUUACACGUGUUUGACUUCCAAAAUAGGGAGUGGUGCAGAUCGCCAUCUUUACCCUACAAGAUUGUCUACAACAAACCCGUUCAUGCCAGGCUGGCGGCUUCAUUGUUUCGGCUAAAAUUUCCCGUUAAUAAUUGUAAACAUGAUUAAAUGAACUUAAAAUAUU